AUUGGAUUCCGUGUUAUCAAUUUACAAUUAAUAAUUUAUUGUUGAGUUAUAAAAACUUAUUUUUUUAUAUUUAGUGAUUCAGAGCAUCUACGCGAAACGCUUAAAAUGCUUCAAAACGUGAUUGACUUCUGCAAUUACUGGUGGUUCCGAUAUCUUAUGGUCACAGAGCUAUAUAUGGUCGAAAAAUGGGAACGGGUUACAAUUCAUGUGAUUUUUGCAAUACUCUUUUGCCUGUUUUGGUACUUUAACUAUUCAGUGCUUUUAUCGUUUACGGGUAGUGUACUAGGUAUCACUCCUAUCUCCAGCGUUGUGGACCAACACGGUAGCAAAAUUGUGUAACUAUAGCAAUUCCAUGAUUGGAGGCAACUGCUGGCAAUCACUGACGGAAAAAUAGCGCAUAUACCUGCAUACCUAGGCACAGAAAAAUUAUUUAACUCUUAGUCAAGAAAUCACUUCAUUAUCAGAAUACUGCAUUCAAAAGCUUCGACAUAUAACGAAUGAGAAUCCCGUAUCCUACCAGCGACGCCAAGCCAGUAGGCCGCUUUCAUUGUUAUAGAAAGGGACAAAAAGUAAAUUUCCAUAUAUACUUUUAUUGACUUUCCAAUGCUUAUCAAAUAGUUAAAGCUGAAUUUAUUUAACAAAUAUUUAGUUGUUUGUAACACAUUCAUGUUAUUAAUCAAAACGCGUAAUUGCCCCGUAGCCGUGUAAACUCGUAAAUAAACUGGUUUUCCGUACAAAAUUGAGCAAGUUUGCGAGGCUUACUUGGUUUCGCGACAUUUACGCCCAUAAAUGAAUUGCCCUAUUAUUUAUUAUGCAGAAAUGGAAAAGUAUCUAAUCCAAUAUAACAAAACAGCAGCACACUUCAGUUCGGAGAUAAGUUUAAAUACAAACUUCUAAAAGUAUUAUUAUCAAUGGAACUCGCAUUAUAGAAUAUGUUACUAAUUAUAUGUAUAUUAUAGCAUCUUGUUUAUGAGAAUUUACGUAAGCUCUUGCAAGUUAAACUGAAUUACCACUAUCCAAUUUUAAGUACACUUAAAUGAAUGUACAUUCAUUCGGAUAAUAUAUUAUUGCGUGACAUUGCAAAUGUAUAUGCAGAACCAUGAUUAUGUUUAAAAUAAACAAUAAAGCACUUUGUAAACGCCUAA